CUGAUAGAAUGGGUUCCAGCCCAGAAGGCCUCCGGGGUGGCUGUGCAGCAAGAUGAGGGCGGUUUGGAGCCCUGCCUAAGAGGAAGGACGGGGCCACAGCAGAUUGCUGUGUCCCCACAGACCUGGGCCUCCUGCUGCCCACCAUGGCUAAAAGUGGAGAGGCUCUACCACAGGGCAUCCCAGCGCCAGCCCAGGAUUCCCACCUCAUCAGGGUGACAGUGAAGACACCCAAGGACAAGGAGGAUUUCUCAGUUGUAGACACUUGCACCAUCCGGCAGCUGAAGGAAGAGAUAUCACACCGCUUUAAGGCACAUCCAAAUCAGCUGGUCCUGAUCUUUGCGGGAAAAAUCCUCAAGGACCCUGACUCACUGGCACAGUGUGGAGUACGAGAUGGCCUCACAGUUCACUUAGUCAUCAAGAUGCAGCGCCGGACCACAGGCACUGAGUGCCCAGCUCCACCAGUCUCUACUCCAGGCCCAAAUCCUGGAGUACUCCCUCAGUCAAGUUCUGUUUACCCUGUGGAUGGGUCUCCUUCUUUCAACUUAGGUGUCCUCACAGGCCUCAGUGGGUUGGGUCUGACCUCAGGGAACUUCUCUGACCAGCCAGGCUCACUAAUGUGGCAGCACAUCUCAGUGUCUGAACUUGUGGCUCAGCUUGUUGAUGACCCCUUCAUCCAGGGUCUGCUGUCCAACACAGGCCUAGUGCGCCAGCUGGUUCUUGACAAUCCUCAUAUGCAGCAGCUGAUCCAGCAGAACCCUGAGAUUGGUCAUAUUCUUAACAACCCUGAGAUCAUGCGGCAGACGAUGGAGUUCCUACGUAAUCCUUCCAUGAUGCAGGAGAUGAUGCGUAGCCAGGACCGUGCACUCAGUAACCUGGAGAGCAUCCCUGGUGGCUACAAUGUGCUCCGUACUAUGUACACAGAUAUUAUGGAUCCCAUGCUUAAUGCAGUACAGGAACAGUUUGGUGGUAAUCCUUUUGCUACUACUACUGCUAGUACCACCACCACCAGCAGCCAACCUUCAAGGACAGAGAAUUGUGACCCUCUUCCCAACCCAUGGACUUCCACAUAUGGGGUCUCAGGUGGCAGACAAAGAAGACAACCUGGGGACCAGGAUGCAUCUGAGAGUAGAAAUAGGCUUCCAAGCUUUCUGGGUAAUAUAGGACUCUUUGAUUAUCUCCAGCAGUUACAUGAGACCUCCCAGUCCCUGGGACCCUUUCUGCAGGGUACUGUGUCCACUCCGAGCCCAAGCCAGGAAGCACCACUAUCAGGAAACAGAGUUCCUCCAACUUUACCCUCAUCCCCAAAACCUGGGUCCGGUCAGCCUCUCCCCAAAGAGUCAGUAGCCAUCAAGGGAAAGUCCUCCUGCCCAGCUUUCUUGAGACAGUCAUCGGAGAACAGUACUGGACAAGGCAGAAGCCUACAUGAUGCAGGGAAGGGAUCUACUGGCCCGAGCACUAGCCUGCCCAAUCUUAACUCUCAGAUAAGGGAUUCUGCCAACAGGUCGCCAUUUGUGCCUACGCUAUCUUCCCUUGUGGCAGUCACUGCUGGAGUCCCAGAAUCUCCUUGGCUGCCUCCAACAGGUUAUCUAAGACCUCUGAGGCCAGCUGGCACAAAUCAAGUCCCUCUAACACAGAAUGAGAUACACCAACAGCUACCACUACUGUUGCACCUUCAGGCAGCCAUGGCAAAUCCCCGUGUCAUGCAAGCCUUGCUGCAGAUUGAGCAGGGUCUCCAGAUCCUGGCUACCGAAGCACCGCGUCUCCUACUUUGGUUCAUGCCCUGCCUAACAGGGUUGAGUGGAGUGUCAGGAGGUACAGAAUCUAGAGAAGGUGCUGUCAUAUCUGAGGAUCCCCACACAGCCCCAGCUCCUCAGGUUUCCCAAGCACCGGGUUCUGCAGAGCUAGGCUUCCAUUCCACUCCCUUCCUCCAGGUGUUGCAAGCCUUAGCUACUACCAAUCCUCAACAGCUACAACUGGAGGCUCACUUCCGGGUGCAACUGGAGCAGUUACGGGCUAUGGGCUUUCUGAAUCUUGAAGCCAAUCUCCAGGCCCUCAUUGCUACAGGGGGUGAUGUAGAUGCUGCUGUGGAGAAGCUGAGGAAGUCUUAGGAACUCUAGUUAAUUGGACCUUGUCUUUUCCUUUGUGCCUUUCCCCCAUGCCUUAUUACCGUAGUUCUCCUAUUCUUGAAUACAGCUGCACUAUAAACCAAAUUACUAUGAUGUUCUUUACUGUGGAGACAAUGUUCUGGAGUCAAUGAAGAAGACGGAAAAAAAAAAAACAACCAGAAAUAGGAAAUAGGGUGGGGAUGCUGUGUGACCCAGCUGUGCCUGCCACUCUCCUACCUGGGGCCCUCGACUGAGCUCUGUGUAUACCUAUCUCGAGAUGCAAUUACAUCCAAUCUCUAGUGCCA